GUAAAAACAUUAUACUGAAAUGUAGUAGUGACACUACUGAAUUUCAGUAAUGUUAGUAGUUCUUUUUUAAUAGAGCGGACUCUGGUCAUUACGUUGUGGUAAGCAAUGUGUCGCGGGUCCUCCGAAAAACGAAAAAGUCUCAGACGAGAGAUGCAACCAGAAGGAUCAAACUCGGUCAUUUUUAAUGGAAUUACGCGUCGGAGAUUGUGGGAAUUGUUAGGAACUGCUUGUGUCUUCCUGCUCGCACCUCUCAUCGUAAUUGCUCUGAUCUUUUUAUACAUCUAUCGUCGUUUGGUCGAGAUCGCGUUAAGAAUUCAGUUGCUGAACAAGUUCGCCGGUCUCUUAAAGGGCACAGAUUGCAUAUGGGCCAUUGAAGACGCCGUUUCUCCAUCUAUUAUCAAUGUCUUGUUGAUAUUGGAAAAGACCGCGCAGGAUUCAAACGCGAACUUCCUGGAGUCUUGGAGAAUUCUGAUGAAUGAACGGAUUGUUUCGAAGGCCUCUGGCACGACGCUUGAGAAAAUGUUUUACCUUCGAAGUCAGAAAUAUGGCUACUAUUUUUGGGAGAGAAGCGAGACAGUGGACCUGAAAGACAGAAUUAGAUGGCUGGAGUGUGUGAACGCCAACUGUGACGGGUCUUGCGAGGAUAUCUGCAGCGAGUCCUUCAGGAAGACCUUGGAAAGCGUGUGCAACAAACCGUUGCCCAAUGAUCACCGGGCCGCGUGGGAGAUUCUUGUCGGGAGACGCUGUCCGAGGUCCAGAUCUCACGAAAAGGAUCAUUUAUGUUCCGAUGAGAGCUUCAACACCGACAUCCGGAAAAUUCCCGUGCUAAUUCGCAUUCAUCAUUCUCUAGGCGAUGGGGUGGCCUUUCGGGACCUAUGGUUCGAAGCGAUCGCCGAGAAGGACGAGACAAAAGAGGCGAGAGUAAAGAUCAAGAAUAUCGCUUCGUCAGGCGAGACUGAAGAACGUUUCAAGUCGUUAAAACAAGUGAAAAUGUUGACCAAGCAUACGUGGUUGAGUCACAAAGUUAUCGUACUGACACAACUGUAUGAAAGAAUUAAAGAGAUCACGCGGAUAACGAUGGCUUUAUUUUCUUAUCCGAAAUACAUCGUUCAACUAGCUGUUCGUAGUAUGGACAAAAACGCUCUGCAUGGUCCACCUCAAACGGGUGAAAAGAUAAUGUUUUACUGGUUUGAUAACGUGACAAAUGAUAAAUCGUUGAAUCUUUUCAUGAAAAUUCGCGAGAUAAGAAAACAUACAGGUUCCAAAUUUGAAGAUAUAGUAUUGGCAGCUUUUUCCACUAGUGUAUACAAAUAUCAUUUACGCAUCAAGAAAACAGCUCCCGAUGCAUUAACAGUUGGUUUUCCAGUAAGAAUGGCAAUACCUGGGCAAAAUUUAACGUUAGAUAACAACUUUUCGAUUGCUUUCUUGCGAAUUUGUAUCUCCAAUGUGAAUGGGCAAACAAUCGUCGAGCCAAAUCGGGAUUCACAGUUUUUUAAGCGUCUUCAAGAUAUUACGAGAGCAAAUAACGAGCUUAGAAAGCGUUUAGACAUCUUCCUUAAUUAUUGGUCCAUGAAGUACCUGUUCGCGCUAUUGCCGGUGAAAAUAUUGAAGGCUUUUCUUUUAAUAAGUGACUGCACGGUUGGGUUUAGCAAUAUGCGUGGACCGGAAAAAGCUCAUAUUCUGAAUAAUUCCUUGAGCAACAUUGUUUUCUGGGUACCAAACAGUAGCACUACUGCUCUCGGCCUAUCUCUGAUAAGUUACGGAGGCAAUUUACAACUGUCUUUAAUAGCUGAUAAGUCAAUUGUAAAGAAUGAGACAUCUUUUAACGAGCUUUUAGAAAAUACUGUACAUGAAAUAGAGAACGCUUAUAAUCAUGUUGUACUGAUGCGAUUGAAGCCAUCAGAUCUUCCCAUAGAAACACCUGCGGAAAAUGAUAUCGGCAUGUUUCGGAAGAAAGAAGUAUGAGUGACUGAAUUAUUUUAUCUCUUUUAAUAAUGAAAUAUUCUGAUUAAUGUGAAUGCAUUUGUGCUAAGAGUAUAAAUUA